AUGCAGUUCCUCGCCGUUGUCUCUCUCCUCGCCGCCACCGCUCUGGCUCUUCCCCCCGCCACUGGCAGCCAGGCUCCCAAUGUUCACCCCGUCUUCGACAACGCCAACCAGUACACUCUGAGCCAGGCCCAGAACAAGUGUGGUGAGAAGACCACCCUGUCCUGCUGCAACCACGUCUCCAGCGUCGGCGACACCACCAGCGUCAACUAUGGUCUUCUGAACGGCCUCCUUGGCAACACCCUCAGCGGCCCUGAGGGUGUCGGUCUGCUCUCUGGCUGCACCAAGCUUGAUGUCACCGCCCUCAUUGGUGUCAAUGACCUUCUCAACAAGCAGUGCCAGCAGAACGUGGCCUGCUGCCAGGGCACCGAGUCUACUGCUACCGGUGGCCUUGUCAACCUUGCUCUCCCCUGCGUUGCCCUUGGCUCCAUCAUCUAA